GUUCUGGUUCCAUGGCCACCACGGACUCCCCUCCUGGUGAGGCUGAGAACUCAAGAUCCGAACCAAGGAGGAGGAGCGGCUCCCCAGAUACGUGGGGCUGAUGAGGUGGGGGAGAGGGAAGAGAGCCCCCUUCAGCCACCAGCAGUUUCCUGUAAAAAAUGGCCAAAGGGAGACGCUUCAACCCACCUUCGGAUAAGGACGGGCGAUGGUUCUCGCACAUCGGACUAACGCAGAAGACACCAGAAUCCAUCACCAGUGCCACACUGAAAGAGCCCCGCAGCCCACAUUUGUCUCAGCAGGUGGAGGGGAAGCUUCCUCCCAUCUACAAGAUACGGGAGAAGCAAGCCGUGAAUAACAACUUCCCCUUCUCCGUACACGACAACCGGCACAGCUUCCAGGACUCUGGACACUACCUGGACAUGGGCUUGGGGCGUAAGAAGAUCCCCCCAGAAAAAAGGCAACAUGUCUCAAGAAAUUUCAAUCUUUGGGCGUGUGACUAUGUUCCAUCUCAUCUGGACGGCUUAUCAAAUAACCAAAUAUCGUAUGUCAGUCAGAAAGCUGCGGAGGUCCCACUCUUCAGACGCUUUCCAAGACACCAUAAUGAGAUCUGGAGCACUUUUAAAUGUAUCCCUGAGAGAAGCCACAAAGAGAUUUUGAAAAAUGGUCCAAAAGUCAGGUUUGCUGUUGACAAAAAUGUCGUUUUUCCAAGUGAGCCCUAGUCCUUCCAGAAGAUUCUUCAUGAGUUUUGUGAUGUUGCUGUUUCAUCGGACUUUCUAAAACCGUGUACUUUCUCAUCCAGCAUUAUCCUUUGACAUAAGAUUUGUUCAGAACAAGAGACUUUACAAACCUUAACAUGGGGUUAAGUUUUCUUGUAGUGAUAAUAUAGAUGCUAAAAAAAAAAGCCUGUAUAUUGAGAAAUGAGAAAUAGACUGCAUUACCAUUCUCUACCUUUAAAACAGUUUCAUGAUUUUCAGUAAGUUUGAAAACAUUCACAUUCUUAUCAAAUAAAGAUGCAUUAUCUCUAGGGUCCAUUUUCAUUUUGGAAUGUCAAGCAAUACUGAGCAAGC